CUUUGCAGGCUCCAGAUGCGCAAUGGGUUUUUUCAGCGACCCUGUCAUGGCAGCCCUCCGAUACUUCAACUUUGUUUAUGAGGAACCAAUUCCACAACUUGGUGGCACGGGAGAUGCUACUGAGCAGAUAGAGGAAAAGGAGACGCAAGCUGCCAGCUAUGUUGCUGAGUCGGAGGACAAAUUAUGCGUCCUCACCUUUGAUGAGUCGGAGUCGCAGAUGUCCCCGAUGUCCCUGGAACCACAGCCGACUCGCUCGGCCAACGAAGGCAGCCGCGGUCAUCCAGUCUUCUGCCGCCGGGCUUGCAUCCGCUUCGCGAAGGGAGUCUGCGAAAUGGGAGAUGCUUGUAGCUUUUGCCACCACGAGCAUCCUCGCUAUGUAACCCCAUACAAACCCCAGCGGCGUCAGUUGAACCACAUGGAGAUAGGCGAACUUCUGGCGGUGCUCUUGCCACAUAUUCGUCGUUCUAUUGAAGUGGCCCAGAUUGAAGCUACCAACAUCAUUGAGAUGCUGGAAGGGGAAGUCGGUUCAACACAGGCUCCCAGUGAGGAUCGCGCGCUACAUCGGACCUUGAGCCGGAUGCCUCUAUCAGCACUUCUUGGCUUGAUCGUGCGGAGGGAUGCCUUUGGGGUUGCAGCUUCAGACUGGUUGCAACGGCAUCAAGGUGUUCCAACAAUUCUGAUUGAUUGGGGCAUUUUGAAUAUUCUCAACGCGAUCACGGUUCACCGGGAGGGCUAUCGCUAUCGCCUGGACAAGGACACACUGGAGGCACUGAAAAAGAAGACCCUGCUCCUUCCGGAGUGGUUACGGCUGCCUCCCGCCAAGAAGGCUCUGGCGCUCGCAAGCGAGGCGCCCGACGUGCUGUGGCCGGCCGACUUCGAUCUGCAACGGCAGGCGGAGGCGACCACUGGAGUCACCGGGGGAGGUUGGUGGACCUCCAAAAAGGCUUUCGAAGUCCUGGAUGCCAUCUGCGAGGCCUUAGUCGCGCGGGGCCAUUGCCAUGUGCAGCGCGGUGAUGCUCAGAAGCUGCGACAACGGGCGGAAGAAGCACGGGAGAACGCGGAGAAACUCGAGGACGUGGGCUGGCUCCGAGCGGAGACGGAGCACGCCUAUGUGGGUGCCGAGAACAUGACCCGGAUCAAGGAGUUGCGCUUGCUCGAGACACCAGAGACCGAGGAACAACAGGCGCUUCCUGAGCCCGUGGAGGUCGACACCAAGUCGGAGUCGAGCUGGUUCGACCCAGAUCUCUAUGGCUCGGAAUCUGAAGCCGAAGAGGUCAAGGAGGACACGAAGCCUCGGGGUCGCAAUGCGCCGCCAGACUAUGAAGCAUUGAAGGAGUUCAACCAGCAUCUCUCGGUGCUCACAGAUCUGCUGGCGAACAGUCCAGCUGCUUUUGGUUGUCAUAGCUUGUACAGCCAGACCGGCACGAUCCUACGAGUGCCUCACAUGGCCGAAGGCGUUUCGUUGGUGGGUAAAGCUGGCUCCAUGGACGAACGAGACAAGCGCAUGGCCGAGGAAUUCAUGAUGUGGGUUGUAGCCCGACGGCUCUGCAUCUUUUACAAAGUCGAGGGCCAGGGCGUGGUCGAACUCACAGCCAAAAGCUCCGAGGGCGCCAUUGGUGGUCGACUUCGUCUUAGUGCGGGCUCAGUGCUGCUCUUCCGUCACGAUCUGCUGGACUAUCGGUAUCUACCAGAGACCGAUGAAGCUUUGGUACUGCAAACCUGGCUCAUGGACAAGGUGGUCUCAGUGGUCUCAUCGAAUCGAGAGUCGGGCUGCGAUCGCGUGCACGUGAAGUCCAUGACCGAGCGCUUCCCCGCGGGAGCCGAGAACUGUGACAUGAGCUUCGCGCUGUUCACGGCCGGCAGCGACACCUUGUUGGAGCCGCCCCUCACGCGCUUCGACAAGGAUCUGUACUAUGCGCCCGAUCGAGACGCGCCCCUUCGCGGCCUGGCGUACAUCAUCCAUGGUUCCUUCGUGAAUGAGGACCAGCUCAUAGGCUUCGACAACGACUUCUUCGGCAUCGACAUCGAGGAGGCGCAGGCCAUUUCGCCCAGCCAGCGAUGGGUCAUGGAAGUGGGCUAUGAGGUUCUGUGGAAGGCCGGCUGGACCAAGCAGGGUCUGCGAGGGCAACGCAUUGGCUCCUUCAUGGGCGAUUCGGGGUCUGAGUGGAACGUGAUUUACCUGAAGAAAGACCGCUACCAGCUCACCAACAACAGUGGCUUCGUGACCUGCUCCAGACUCUCGCAUACCUUGGGCCUCACCGGGCCUAACGUGACGGUGGACACGGCCUGUUCCGCCUCUCUUGUGGCCACCAAUGCGGCAGCUCACAUGAUGGUGAGGCGAAAUACGCAAAUUGGCGAGAAGAUUGCGCCCCUCUCUGAGGACAAUAUGAAGGAUCAAGCCCAGCUGAAAUAUGCCGUGUGCAUGGGCAUCUUAGUGAUGCUUCAUCCUGGGGGUUGGAUCGGUGAAUGUGCCGCCACCAUGCUUUCCUACAAGGGCCGUGCCUUCACCUUCGAUGUGGGUGCGGAUGGCUUUAUUCGGGGCGAGGGCUGCUGCGCCGUGCACCUGGCGGCGGAGAACGACGCCGAGCGCGCGGCGGGGGAGCGCUCGCUGGCGGUGCUGCUGGGCUCAUGUGCCAAUCAGGACGGCCGUAGUGCGUCACUGACCGCACCCCAUGGCCCUUCACAGCAGAUGUGUAUCCGCGCCUCUCUGGCCGAAGCGCGCUUACAGCCUGGAGAGGUGCAGGUGGGCGAAUGCCACGGCACCGGCACCGCCCUGGGGGAUCCCAUUGAGAUUGGAGCCAUGAAGAGCGUGCAGUUCAACAAGCGCGGGGAGAGUCCCUUGCUACACGCAUCGGCCAAGAGUAAUGUCGGACACGAGGAGGCGAACGCUGGAACCUGCGGUUUCAUCAAGUUAUCUGUGCUGGGUCAUCUGACUGGCGGUCGGCCCGACUGUGUCAACGGCGGGCUUGUGCCGGCCGACUGUCUUCACGUCUUCACGGCGGCCUCUUGCCGACUGUGUUCACGGCGGCCGCCGACUGUGUUCGCGGCGGCCUCUUGUGCCGACUGUGUUCACGGCGGCCUCUUGCCGACUGUGUUCACGGCGGCAACCAGCCGACUGUGUUCGCGGCGGCCUCUUGUGCCGACUGUGUUCACGGCGGCGUCUGGCCGACUGUGUUCACGGCGGCAACCAGCCGACUGUGUUCGCGGCGGCCUCUUGUGCCGACUGUGUUCACGGCGGCGUCUGGCCGACUGUGUUCACGGCGGCAACCAGCCGACUGUGAUCGCGGCGGCCUCUUGUGCCGACUGUGUUCACGGCGGCCUCUGGCCGACCGUGUUCACGGCGGCAACCAGCCGACUGUGUUCACGGCGGCUUCCAUCCGACUGUGUGCGUUCACGGCGGAUUCAUGCCGACCGUGUUCACGGCGGCAACCAGCCGACUGUGUUCGCGGCGGUCUCUUGUGCCGACUGUGUUCACAGCGGCCUCUUGCCGACUGUGUUCACGGCGGCAGGCCGCUCCAUUGACACCGUCGUCGACAAGUUCCUCGCAUUAAUGCGGCGACUCUCUGCGUUGUGGUGCUUGUUGAAAAGAGACCGAGCGGUGCUGUUCCUGUGUAGGAGUUUGAAUGUGUCAGUGUUCACUUUGGUGAUGGAAUGGUUUGUCUUCGUCGUCAAGGGCUCUAAGCAGUUUAAGGGUGUCUUUUUUCGAAGCCGCCACGGCGGCUUCGUGCCGUCCGUGGUCCACUGUGUUGGAAGCAUCGGGGAGAAAAAUGCUGAGCGUGGUGGUGAGAUCACCUUUCAUCUUCGCUUUCGCUGUUGCCAGUUGCGAUCAGGGUUUGGCAGCUUUGCGUAUGGGCACGGCGGCUUUGAUGUCGACUGUCAUGUUGCGGCGGCUUUGUGCCGACUGCUAGCGGCGGCUCUGAGCCGACUGCCAUGUUGUUGCGGCGGCUUUGUGCCGACUGCCUUGUUGCGGCGGCUUUAUGCCGACUGCCAUGUUGUUGCGGCGGCAUUGUGCCGACUGCCUUGUUGCGGCGGCGUUGCGCCGACUGCGAUGUUGCGGCGGCUUCGGCUCACAAUGGAUCCGGGGGGCCACAUGGACGGAUUUUUGGAAGCUUGUGGCGACUUGUCUUUCAGUGCUUUGGUGGAAAAGGACGAGGAGAUUGGAUCAUCGUCGCCGCCCAAAGCCAAGAAGCGUAAGAAGGACAAGAAAGAAAAAAAGGGCAAAAAGACGUCAAAGGUGGAAAAGGAGCUGGCAGGCGACAAGGACCAGGAGUUGAUGGCGGAUAAGGCGUCCAAGUUGCCUGCUGAGGAGGACCCUGACGAGACAUGGCCAGAGCAUCUACCUCGUCCUCCUCCUCUGGAUCCUUAUUAUUUGCUUGGAGUUCCUGAAGAAGCGCCCAGUCACGAAGAUGAGGAGAAGCCUUCGAAGAGGGCGAUGCAGCGAGCUUUGCAAGGCUUCAGCCGUAAAAGCGGCGGCUGGAAGCAUAAGAAGCGAGGGAUGUUUCUCAAGACCUGGUUUGGGUUUUUUGCUUCCCCUCGUUGUCGAGCCAUGUCGGACGAUCCACGUCGUGGUGCUGAGGGUCCUGGCCGCUCUCGAGCCAAUGAAAAGGGCUCGGGCCUGGAGCGACCGCCGGAGCCGAGAGGCCCACCACGUGGCAUGGGCCUUUACAGUGCAGGCCCCAAGGCUUCCAUGGGGCAUCCUGCUUCUCCUGGUCCUGUUGCCACAGCCCCGCGCUACAGCGGCAGCCGUCAUGGCCCUGAUGAGACUGACGACCAGGAGAAGAAGAAGACUAAGAAGAGGAGGAGGUCUCGGAGCAGGAGCCGAGGCCGAGAUCGUCGUCGUCGUGGUGCUGAGGAGAGGCGCGCUGAGAAGGCGAUGCCGGCCGAAAGGCCUACGCUUCCACCGCCGCCCAAGCCGGCGGCGCUGAAGAGUUCGGACAGCAGUUCGGCAGAGUCUUCGAAGGAAGACAUCGAGGAGGAGCCUGAACCUGCUCCUGCGUCUGCCGGUUCCCAGGCCUUGGCGGUGCCGAAGCAAACUGGCGCCGUCCCUGUGUGGCUUCAGGCGAAGGUUGACAACCUCAGCCGCAAAGCUGUCAGCUUUAGCCGAGCCCUCACCGGGGCUCAACAGGCCCUCAGAACAUCGGCCAGGAUCGCGCGCGAAGCAGCCGUCAGCUUUGACUCUGAGCUCGAGAACUUCCAAGUAGCCCAACGGGAGUUAGCUGAGCUGUGGACGGCAGGACAACCAUGGUCCAGGCAUUGUCGUGUUUGCAAAGACAAACCCUGCGACAAGUGCUGGUGGGCGCGGAAAGGCCGCAAGUUUAAAGCUUUCUUUCCCUGGCUUCGCUUUGGCAGGCGGUUGAACGAUGAUGCCUCCGGCUUUGGCUUUGGUUGCAGCGCCUGCGCUCAAUUUGCAUGUCAAAUGUCUUCGACGACGAGUAUUUUCUCAGGAAAAAAUGUCUUGCCAACGCCUUGCCGAUCCAACAGGAUGCCUGUGAAGUGCAGUGACAACUUAGAGAACUUUGCCGCUUUCGCUGUCGGCUUGCACCGCCUGAAGUCUUACACCUUAAGGCGGCAAGAAGCACUGCGCUUCAUGGAAGGAAGCGUUUCUGAAAAUGAUUUGGUGUCUGCACCCUCCUACCUUGACUUUGUGGGGAAGCUCGAAGACAUGCAGAAAGGGCAUUCUAUGAGAAACGGAGGAAGCUGCAGUGACAGAACCGUGCUCAUGCAUUGGUGCAUAUCAGAAUCUCUGCUGCGCCUUUGGCGUUGCAAGCUGAGCAAAGCUACUACUCUUUGCCUCGUUCGCGACGAGCGAAAAGGAAAGCUGCUCAUUCGUUUCAGAAGCUGUAGCAACGACAUGGACGUUUGCAGCGGCACCCUGGGCUGCGUACGAAUGAAAGGCGGGAGUGCUGAAGACAUUGUCACAGCAACUGCAAAGGCCAUGCGCAUUUUCUGCACGAGUUUUUUCAACGCACCUCGUCUUGGAAAAGGUUUGCAGCAACAGGGAGGCUUUGAUCGCAGUUUGUUCAAUCAUAUGCGAAGCAUCGUUCACAUGCUUACCACUGACAGCCACCCUGCCGAGCUCUUGGCAUCCAACAUCAUGAAAGGCAAUCGGAAGAGUGCUGAAGAACGACACAAUCGGGAUCCGUUUCUCCCAAAUGUUGUCCUGGUUGGACGCGAUGGUGCACACGCGUCUACACGCCUGGUGAAGAGACCGUGGUCUUGCAUUGCCGUUCUGCAGGAGACCUUCGAUUGCACCAUUCGGCACUCUGACUCUCCAGUACAAAAAAUCUUCAAUUCGCAGCAUUUCAGCCGAUGGUUUGAAGACUAUGUGCAUCAAGAAGGAUGCACACUGGGCACGGAAAUGGUUGCGCGAUAUUUCGCCUCAUCGUCUUUGCUCUUGGCCCUUGGGGCAGACGCAGCCGAUUCGCUGCUGCAGCUUACACGCUUUCUAGACAAUGAGUCGUGCGACCCUGCCCUUUUGAAUCAAGAGAUCGGCCAUUUCUUGGAUGAAAUCCAUGUACAAUUCCUUCACGGCAAGGCCUGGGAGAUCAGCGGGUAUUCCAAACAUAUGGUGGAAGUUUUGGAGUCGGGAACAUUAUUUGCUUUGAGUGGGGGCCAAGGACGCCAACUACGAGUCAGUGCGGCGGUGAAAGACAAAGCGCUGCAAGACUUUCAGCCUUGGGUCCGCCUUUGCGAAGCCACGGUGCGAGCUGAAUUUCCUCACUUUGAAGUCCUCAAUGCGAUGCUUGUCUUCAACUUGAGCGACAGACCUACGACGAAACCGGCACCAAAAGAGACCUCUGCUUGCUUGCGACGAAUCGCGCUUGCUUUGGAUGUUGAUCCAGCUGGUCUUCGUUAUGAAUGGGAAUCUCUGCGGCCCAUAGCAGAAGCUCAAAAAAGACUUUCUCAGCUAGACAACAGAGAGGCUUGGAAAGCUGCCUAUGACCACACGCAGAAGAAUGCGCAUGCACGAAAGAAGUAUGCCUUGAAGCAUCUUCCAAAGACUUUGCGAGCUUAUGCUUGUUGGACUCCUUCUUCGUCUGGAGUGGAGCAGAGCUUUUCCAAAGCUGACCGUUGCUAUCACACAGGUCGCUUCGGUCCCAAAGCCGCCGACACUGAACGUCGGAGCAUCAGCGUGCUGACAAUGAGUGGGAAGGAAAGUCAGAAAGACAUCAUUGAAGGAGCUCGCCAACUCUAUGCAGCAGCAGUGAAGAGGCACAAAGGACGACAAGCAAAGCCCCGGUUUGACAAAGGCACCAAAAAGAAAAAGCAUCCGAAGUCCGAACAUACUUUUUUGGAAAAAAAGAAAGCUUCUGUACAGAAGGCCAUUCAGAAAUCUGUGACAUCCUCGUCAUCUUCCAGACCUCCCUCCGCUGAAGAUUUGCAACUGUCUGCCAAAGGAAUGAAAGAGCUCAAGCUGCAGAAUAAACGUCGUUUGGACAGAGCAGUGGAAGCUGCCGAGAACGGCUACUUACUGACGAGCGAUGCCGGUCAGCACCCUUUUUCCGAGGUCUUGAAGAAAAAGGCCACAUGUGAUGCCAAGGACAACAAGCGCAUUCAAAUGAUGGCGAAGCACAAAGUAGAAUUGCAAAACAAAUGCUUCGCACAGCAAUGGAAUUUCAAAUCCUUGGGUGCCAGAAAGACUUACUGCGAGGAAGCCGGACUUCGACCCUUGCUGCUUCCUUUGGUAUAUGUCUCAGAUCCACGCUUGGCUGAUGUUUUCAUUGCUUCUUCCGAAGUCGUUUCAGAGAAGAUCUACUUGCUUGCCGUUGCUUGUGGUGGCUGUGUGCUAUCGAAAGCAGUGCUGGAAGGGAGACAAGGCUUCAAACUGCAGUACCAGAAGGCUGCUUUCAACCGACUUCGAGAAUUUCACGUUGGUAUUCAUUGCUCCGCUGCAUUUCAAGCGAAGCAUACGGCUUUCAUGAAGGUCCUGUCUUGGGUUGUGCAAACCACUGGCUGGCGUAGACUCAAAGUGGAGAGGCUGGACAAGAACAGGUCCAUAUCGUUGGUUGCCGAGGAUGAUCCGGAAGCUAAAAGCCUACAAAAGAAGUCUUUCCUGACUCUGCAGAAAUCGGGGUUUGUGAAGCACUUGACAGACAAGUGUGAAGCCAAAGACAAAAGUUUUUUGGUUGCUGUCCUUUGA